AUGAAAAAUUUAAUAAAUAAUGAAAUCAAAUGAGCUAUUGGUUUAAUAGAAGCUGAUGGUUAUAUAGGAUUUUAUCAUAAUGGUAAUAAAAAAUGAAUUAUUACGUUAAAAGUUUCUUUAAAUAGUUAUAAUAUAAAAACGAUAUAUAAAUUAAAGAGAAUUAUAGGUUAUGGUAGUAUACAUAAAUCUAAAAAUAUGGUUACUUGAAAAAUUACAAAUAAAGAAACUAUAAAAAAUCAUAUUUUACCUAUAUUAUCUCAAUUUAAUUUUAGAGGUUUAAAAUACUAUCAAGUAAUGUAUUUAAAAGAUGCUAUAAAUAUUAUGGAAUCUUCUAAAAAUACAAAUGAAAAACAUGAAAUUUUAUCGAAAUUAAAGCUAGAAUCUAAAGAUUGUUUAUGAAGAGUUUCACCUAUAGUAUUUCCUAUUUUAAAUAAUGAUAUUAACAAUAUUAUAAAAUAUAAUUUAAAAAAAAAUAAUGAAUUAAUUAAAUUAAUACCUAAAAAUUCUCUUAUUAAUAUUAUAGAUCCUUGGUGAUUAUCAGGAUUUAUAGAAGGAGACGGAAGUUUUAAAAUUAAUGAUAAAUUACAAAUUGUGUUUGAAUUAGGACAAAAAAAUAAUUCUUUUAUAAUAUGAUUAAUACAUAAAUAUUUAAAUAUUCAAAGUAAAAUAAAGGUAAAAAAAGAUAAUUCAUACACUACUUUAUCUACAAAAGAUCCUAAAAUAAUUAAUAAAUUAAUAAUAUUAUUAAAAGGGAAAUUAUUAGGAAUAAAAAGUUUUGAAUAUAGUAUAUGAUCUAGGGCUUUUAGAACAAAUAAAAUGAAUAAACUUUGUAAGGCAAAAGAAAUAUUAAAUAAAAUACGAAAACAAAGAAAUUCUAUAAAAUAA